CUGCUGCUCAUCUUGUAAAGACUCAAAAUUCCUCACUACGUCACUUCCGAUGUACGCCGGAACCUGUAAAGAUCACAUGGCCUUUGUUUAUGUUUCCGAACUGCGGUGUGCCUUGUUGCAGUUAAAUUCAGGCUUGAUUUUGGAAACAUUAUAAUUUUAAGUGAUGGACCCAAACACCCCAGCUGACAUACAGGAUGUCUGCAGCGGCAACCAGGGUCGUGACGUCACUUCGUUUGUAUCAGUGUGUCCAAGUGGCCUCUGGGGUGUUCAACAAACCUUGAUGCGCAAAACAAGACAGGAUCAACACACAUACAGUGUCAACAAUGCCUCCUCUCUUUCUGUAGCAGGGUCCUCUGAUGACUUCCCGAAGAUGGGUUCGUUGUGUAAGGUUCGAGUGAGCCUUAAAGAAGACCCUGAGGGGCUUUCCUCUGAGUCGGACGUUCCUGCUGAGCCGUCCCAGGAGGAACCCAUCCCCUACCCGCGCUCCAACAGCUCAGCGCUGCAGGUCCCGCUCGGUGAUUGGACCACACUGAGACUAGGGGAAGGGCAAUGCGAUGUCACUGAGGCAUGCAUCGAGAGGAUGAGAGCUCAGGAGACAUGUGAGAUACUACUGUCGCCGGUGGGAGAUGUCCCGGGAGCCUCCUCAAUCCAACCCCCCGCAGAGGAUCAAGAGACGUCCACCGUCUCUGUUGAACUGCACUCUUUCACGCCGGGGAAGGACGCCUGGGAGAUGGCCACCGGCGAGAAGCUGGACUGGGUGCGGUUCCACAAGGAGAGAGGCGGAGCCAGAUUCAGGAGCGGCGAGGACCUUUGGGGAGCAGCGGACAGCUACAGCCGCGCCCUGAAGCUGCUCAUCACCCUUUACGCUCUCGGGAGAAAGAAGGUGGACGCGGAGGACUGCGAGUGUCCACAGACGCCGCCCGAUGUUGACCCUCCACUCUGGCUAUCGGCCAGUGAAUAUAUGACCCUCAAGGCAGAGCUCCACUCCAACCUGUCCUUGUGCCAGCUCAAGCUGGGCCAACCGGAGAAGGCCAGGGCCAACGCCGCCAAGGCCACCAAGCUGGAGCCCGGCGGUCCUAAGGCCUGGUACCGACUGGGCCAGGCCUGCCAACAGGUGAAUGAGUUGGGGGAAGCCAGACAGGCCUUCAGGAGACUGCUGGAGCUACAGCCAGAGUCUCCCGCGGCCCUCAAAGCUCUGAAAGAGUUGGCGAGCAGGGAGAAGGAGACUAACACACAGUUGGCACAGAGACUGAGCAAGAUGUUUAGCUGAAAAUUGGGAAAGAGACAUUUGAUAAGCCUACAUAGAAUCUAAAGUUGUUGUUUUUUUUCUUCGUGUUACCGAAAAAAGCUGCAUACUGCUUUUGUCGGGUUCCCUCAAAGUCUUAACAUGGAUCUUCUGUAGUCAAUGUACAGAAUGUGACUUAAAGAAAGAGAAUUGUACGCACACUAGAAUGUAGAUCACUACCCAUUAAUUUAUCUGUAUUUAGUAAAAUAAAAUUGUAAUGUUAAUGUUUUCUACUAUGCUACAUGUGGUCGGACUCAAUUGUAACUGAUUGCAAUGGAAAAUAAAAUGUUAUAUUUGUUGCUUACCCUUUUGUGCUAAGACCUGCAUAUUGUUUAUUAAACUGUCUUAUAAGGCAUCUCAUCUCA